AUGACUACCCCAGCGCUGCUACCCCUCUCUGGACGAAGGAUACCACCGCUGAACCUGGGGCCGCCUUCCUUCCCGCAUCACAGGGCUACCUUGAGACUUUCUGAGAAGUUUAUCCUCCUCCUUAUUCUAAGUGCCUUCAUCACCCUGUGUUUUGGGGCAUUCUUCUUUCUUCCAGACUCUUCAAAACACAAACGCUUUGAUCUGGGUUUGGAAGAUGUGUUAAUUCCUCAUGUAGAUGCCGGCAAAGGGGCGAAACACCCUGGAAUCUUCCUGAUCCAUGGACCAGAUGAGCAUAGACACAGGGAAGAAGAAGAACGUUUGAGAAAUAAAAUUCGAGCUGAUCACGAGAAGGCUCUAGAAGAAGCAAAAGAAAAAUUAAAAAAGUCAAGAGAGGAAAUCCGAGCAGAAAUACAGACAGAGAAAAAUAAGGUAGUCCAAGAAAUGAAGAUAAGAGAGAAAAAGCCACUGCCAGCAGUUCCUAUACCAAACCUUAUAGGAACACAUGGUGGAGACCCAGAAGAUAAUGAUCUAAGAGAGAAAAGGGAAAAAAUUAAAGAGAUGAUGAAACAUGCCUGGGAUAAUUACAGGAUAUAUGGAUGGGGGCAUAAUGAACUCAGACCUAUUGCAAGGAAAGGACACUCCACUAAUAUAUUUGGAACUUCACAAAUGGGUGCUACUAUAGUAGAUGCUUUGGAUACCCUUUAUAUCAUGGGACUUCAUGAUGAAUUCCGAGAUGGGCAAAAAUGGAUUGAAAACAACCUUGAUUUCAGUGUGAAUUCAGAAGUGUCUGUGUUUGAAGUCAACAUUCGAUUUAUUGGAGGCUUACUUGCAGCGUACUACCUUUCAGGAGAGGAGAUAUUCAAGAUUAAAGCAGUCCAGUUGGCUGAGAAACUCCUUCCUGCCUUUAACACACCUACGGGAAUUCCUUGGGCAAUGGUGAAUCUGAAAAGUGGAGUAGGACGAAACUGGGGCUGGGCAUCUGCAGGUAGCAGCAUUCUUGCUGAAUUUGGCACACUACAUAUGGAGUUUGUCCACCUUAGCUACUUGACAGGAAACCCAAUUUACUACAAAAAGGUCAUGCACAUUCGGAAACUACUUCAGAAAAUGGAUCGUCCAAAUGGUCUUUAUCCAAAUUAUUUGAACCCAAGAACAGGUCGCUGGGGUCAAUAUCAUACAUCAGUUGGCGGGCUAGGAGACAGUUUUUAUGAGUACUUACUAAAAGCAUGGUUGAUGUCGGAUAAAACAGACCAUGAAGCCAGAAAAAUGUAUGAUGAUGCUGUUGAGGCUAUAGAAAAACAUCUUAUUAGGAAGUCUCGUGGAGGUCUUACCUUUAUUGGAGAAUGGAAGAAUGGGCACUUGGAAAAGAAGAUGGGGCAUUUGGCCUGCUUUGCUGGGGGAAUGUUUGUACUAGGAGCAGAUGGUUCCAGAAUGGAUAAAGCUGGACAUUAUUUAGAGCUAGGGGCGGAAAUUGCACGUACAUGUCAUGAGUCCUAUGACAGAACUGCAUUAAAGCUUGGUCCUGAAUCAUUCAAGUUUGAUGGUGCAGUAGAAGCUGUGGCAGUCCGGCAGGCUGAAAAGUAUUACAUCCUCCGUCCAGAAGUCAUUGAAACCUAUUGGUACCUGUGGCGAUUCACUCACGAUCCAAGAUACCGGGAGUGGGGCUGGGAAGCAGCACUGGCUAUUGAAAAGUAUUGCCGAGUCAGUGGCGGAUUUUCUGGGGUGAAGGAUGUGUACUCCUCUACUCCUACGCAUGAUGAUGUACAGCAGAGCUUCUUUCUUGCUGAAACAUUAAAGUAUUUGUAUCUGCUGUUCUCCGGUGAUGACCUUUUACCUUUAGACCACUGGGUAUUUAAUACAGAGGCUCACCCUCUGCCCGUGUUGCAUUUAGCCAACACCACACUUUCAAGAAAUCCUGCUGUUCGAUGA